GAGUCCAGCCCUAAAUUCUACUCAGUGUCUUCUGUUUCCUGUUUGCAUAUCUAGCCCUGCGGUCACUGUACACACUGGAGUAGAUGUAUCUGCGCGCUCUGGUGCAGGAGCGCAGUAGUUGAACGGCGCAAGCAAUGGAAAGUGCAGACGAACCGUCGAUUGUCACAGCGCAGCUCUUGCCGGUUCCACCGCGGAGCGACCACGUAUCCUUCCUGGAGGGACACACGCUGUACGUCUGGGGUGGAUGCCAGUGUGUGGAUGGAAAAGAAACAUUUCUGCCCAGUAAUGAGAUCUGGCUGUAUGACAUGGAGAGUGGAGUCUGGUCUCGGAGGCAUAUGGGCGGAGAGGUUCCUCCUGAUCUUUCAGAGACUUGUGGUGCAUAUCUCCACAGUGUGCUUUACAUUUUUGGGGGAUGUGACAGCAAUGGCCACAGCAACCUUGUGUAUUGUGUUGACCUGUCGGAUGGGGAAUACAGCUGGAGAAAAGUAACAGAUACAAUUGGAGUGACACCCUCUCCCAGGGUCAGACAUUCCUGCUGGGUCUAUAGAAACAGGCUUAUCUAUUUUGGUGGAUAUGGGUCCAAAACACUUCGAGAGGUCAACAACUCCAAAAGCUUCAUCAUUGAUGAGACUUCCUGGACAACAGUUGGGUCAGAAUUGUUCCAGUUUUGGGGUUGGAAUAAAGAAGUACAUAUGUUUGAACCUGAGUCAGCCACAUGGACUGAACCACAAACUCAGGGUCAGCCUCCAGAGCCCCGGGCAUCCCAUGCCAGUACUACUUUAGGCCAUAAGGGCUAUAUAUGUGGUGGUCUGGAAAGGCCGACGAUAGACAUUCAUUGUUUAGAUCUAGUAACGUGGACAUGGACGCAAAUUGACCAUCAGGCUGGUUCUCUUCCACGGGGCCGUACUCUUCACACGCUCACGGCUGUCUCAGACCACACGCUGUUCCUGUUUGGAGGCCUCGGUUUAUCUGGGGAGGUGCUAAGUGAUGGGUGGGAAUUUGACACUAUAACAAGAGAAUGGAGAGAGAGAGACCAUGCACACAAAGAUAAACCCAGGUUAUGGCAUUCUGCUGACAAGGGGAGGGAUGGUGAUGUAGUUGUUUUUGGAGGAAGCCAGACCUUCAUCUUUUUAAUGGAUUCGGUCGUGGCGCUCAGAUCUCCAUCUCAAAGUCAAUGUGGAGACGUGUUGGUGUUUCAGACCCAACCAUAUUCCCUGUCAAGAUUAUGUGAAGACUGCAUGGGGAAACAUACGUUUUCUGUCCAAGAGCAAGUGUCUUGGUUACCAGCCAAACUUCAGAAGACAAUUGGCAAGAGGAUAUCAUACUUCAGGGCAAAUAAUCAAAAUAUAGAUGCAGUUUCAUAAGAUAAGAUUGGCGAUCCUUGUUUUAAGAUGGAUUUAAGUAUAUUUUUGUCCAGGAAUUCCACAAUAAAACAAAUCAACUUCUUUAACUGGUCAUAAAAUGUGGUCUAAUCUUCAUCAAAUUCACAAAUAUAGACCAACACAAUGUGCUUAGGCUAACAACACACAAACAAUUAUAAUAUUUCAUGUCUUUAUUGAACACAUCCCAUUAAACAUUCACAGUGCUGUGGAAAAAGUAAGCAAACCCUUGAAUUUAAUAACUGGUCAAUUCUCCUUUAGCAGCAAUGACCUCAACCGAGUUUCAGUUACCUGCGGAUUAGACCUGCAUAAUGUUCGGAAGGAAUUUUAAACCGUUGUUCCUUACAGAACUGCUUCAGCUUAUCCAUAUUCUUAUGAUGUCUAGUGUGAACAGCUCUCUUGAGGUCAUUCCACAGCAUCUCUAUUGGGUUAAGGUCUGGGCUCUGACUGGGUCAAAAGUUGGAUUUUUAUUUUUUGAACGCCUUUUGAAGGUAGUGGAUUUACUUUUAUGUUUAGGGACAUUGUCCUGCUGCAUCACCCAACUGUGGUGCACAGACACGCAGACAUUAUCCUGUAGGACAUCUUGAAAAACUUUUUAAUCAGUAUUGUAACUUGGAUGAAGAUCAAACCAGAUUUUAAGACAUUUAUCAUUUUCAAGAAAUAUAUAUAUAUAUAAAUGCAGGUAAUUCCAAAGGGUUCACAUACUUUUUCUCACCACUGUAUAGUAAAGACAAACUGCAUUCUUUUUUUGUCAGUAUGUACAGAAUGUGUUUUCAGUUCUUUUCACAUAUAUGUAAUAUGGUUUUACCUAUUUAAACCAGUCACUGGGUGACUGUUUAUAAUGAAUAUAUAUAUAUAUUAUUUAUAUUAUUAUUAAUAUAAUAUAUUAUUUAUAUUAUUACAUAUAUAUAUAUUGGGCUAACCUAAAUCUGUAAUUCUGUGACUUUGUGGUAUUAUAAAUAGCUUCCUCUCUUUGUUUGAGUGGCCCGUCCAGCCCAACACAGCAACAUUGACCAAUUGUGUGAGUUUGGGGUGGAAUCUGUAUCUGUUUAUACAAGUAAAAAAAGACGGGUGGAGUGUUCUGAAAUCUGUUUGAAAAUGGUGAUAACUUUUGUAAU